AUGCCGACCGACCCCGAUCCGAUGUUGUUUCAGCAAGGGGGGGGACGCGAUUUGUACGACACGAGCUUCCCCCCGUCCUCGCCGAUGAGCUCGAGCGGGCUGCGUGAUCCGUUCCAGUCUCAGCCCGUGUUUUCUGCGCUGGGACUCGACACGAUCGGCGGCGAGCCGUCGCUGCACCCCGGCGCCAUGCUCUGGCAGGACCUGCGCAGCGAAGCGCACGAGACGAGCGACUCGUGGACCAAUGCGUCCUCGGACAUGCUCCCGGGCGUGUCCAACCUCAGCCUGAGCACGCCGUCGCAGCGAUCGCAGACCAUCCACUCGAUCUCCUCUGAAGACACGAUCGGAGACACAGCCACCGUCCUUUCCCCUACGCGCGAGGCGCAGCAGACGCCCAUGACGCCGAUCAAGAACGUCUCGCGCGGCGCACAGGGCAUGUCGCGCCCCCCCUCGCCCCCGAUUUCGUCGCUGGACGACGAAACUCCGAUGAAAGCCCCCGACGAGCCUUUUCACGGCGCAUUUCUGUACGAGCUCAGCGCCACGCCGCCGAGCAUGAUGCCCCAUGGCGUGCCCCCUAUGACGCCACUCACCGAGGCACGGCGCGCGACGAUCGACGACCCACGCUCCCUCCAAAACCACAGCGUGCGCACGCACCGCUCGGGGCCGAGCAUCUCGUCGUCCUCGGCGAUUUCCGCGUCCACGCCCGAGUACGGCUCAGCGCACAGCAUCGCCUCGUCACUCGACCUGCGCUCGCCAGGCUUUCCGCACGAAGGCCACGGCGAGCGCAUGUCGCCCCACAAGGCGCCCACCCUGCCGUACGGCGCGGAAAUGUACGCCGCGAUGCAGCACCACCAGGCCCCGCCGUACUACCAGGUGCCCUUUACGCCACAAAGCGCCGCGGCCAUCUCGCGACAGGGGCUGCACGGGCCCAUCUCGCUAGACGAGCCGUUUGGCACGCCAGAGCAGUUCAUGUCCCCGCUGAGCUCGGGGGGGAUGCCGCCGUACAUGUCGCCGAGCGCCGUGCCGCCGUACAUGUCGCCGUUGCACUCGGGCGGCGGCGCGCCGCCGACCAUGUCCCCCGGCCUCCUCUUCCAGGAAAGCGGCGCGCCAGGCGGGCCCAAGGUGAUGUCGCGCGUCGCCUCGGCGCCGACGCUCCACUCCCCGCUUCCCCACUGGUCCGCUGAGCAGGAGCGGGGGAUGUGCACGCCGCUGCAGGAGCCCAUGUCCUUCCCGGCGUCGCCCGCCUCGCACUCGGCGCACCUCCCGGUGAACUCGACGGCAAUGGCACGCAAGUGCUACACGCCGUACGCCAAGACGACGCCGGCCCUGUACGGCUCGCCGCUGGAAAUGGACCCAUUUUACGUUCCGGGCGGACUGAGCUCCUCGAAAAGCAUGAAUGCGAUCGGCUCCCCUGUUCCCCUCUCCCCCAUGACCCCGUCGGCGAACCGCCGGCGGUCGCGCAUGCCCGAGAGCACAAGCAUGCCGGGCGAGCAAAUGACCUCGCUCCUCGAAUACGAGGCCGCACAGAGCGCCGCACGCGCGCGGGGGCGCAAUGCUGGGCCGCCGCCGCUCGUCGUGAGCAGCGCGGACAAGCUGCACGUAUGCCACUGUGGCCGCCGGUUCAAGCGCAUGGAGCACCUCAAGCGCCACAACCGGACGCACACACAGGAGCGGCCACACAAGUGCCCGGUAGAGUCGUGCGGCAAGAGCUUUGGGCGUUCGGAUAAUCUCGCACAGCACCUCAAGACGCACUACCGACCAGCGGGUCUGGUCAGCCGUGCGUCGGAGGUGGCGCAGCCCGAGCCUGUCGAGCCCGCACGGCCCCGCGACCGGCGGCACGACCCGUACGCUGCCGCUGCCGCCGCCGCUGCCGCCGCGUCGGCGGCGAUGGGCGCCCCCCACGAUAUCAAGCCAGAACCCCAGGGCGUAUAG